AUUGGCAAAAUCUACGAAGUGCGGAUGAUGAUGGACUUCAAUGGAAAUAACCGAGGCUACGCUUUUGUCACAUUCUCCAACAAGCAAGAGGCCAAAAACGCCAUCAAGCAGCUAAACAACUAUGAAAUUAGAAAUGGACGUCUCCUUGGGGUUUGUGCCAGUGUAGACAACUGUCGAUUAUUUGUUGGGGGAAUCCCCAAGACCAAAAAGAGGGAAGAAAUAUUGUCAGAGAUGAAAAAGGUCACAGAAGGAGUGGUUGAUGUCAUCGUAUACCCUAGUGCCGCAGACAAAACCAAGAAUCGGGGCUUUGCUUUUGUGGAGUAUGAAAGUCAUCGAGCUGCAGCCAUGGGCAGGAGGAAACUACUCCCAG